AUGGCAACUUCACUUCUAGGGGAAGAACCGAGGUUAGGCUCGACUCCUUUGGCCAUGCUCGCCGCCACUUGCAAUAAGAUCGGCAGCCCCAGCCCGUCUCCCUCGUCCCUCUCGGACAGCGCGUCCUCCUUCGGCAAAGGCUUCCACCCCUGGAAACGCUCCUCCUCCUCCUCGGGCAGCUGCAACGUGGUGGGCUCCAGCCUGUCGGGCUUCGGGGUGGCGGGCGCUUCUCGGAACGGCUCCUCGGCGGCUGCGGCGGCAGCCGCUGCUGCGGCCGCGGCGGCCGCCCUGGUCUCGGACUCCUUCAGCUGCGGCGGCUCGCCGGGCUCCAGCGCCUUCUCGCUGACCUCCAGCAGCGCGGCCGCCGCCAGCUCGCCCUUCGCCAAUGACUACUCCGUCUUCCAGGCGCCCGUGAGCUCCGGGGGCGGCGGCAGCGGAGGCGGCGGGGGCUCGUCCCAGGAAGCGGCCGCGCACCAGCCCGUCUUCCUCUCCAAGGUGCACACGUCGGUGGAUGGGCUGCAGGGCAUCUACCCGCGCGUGGGCAUGGCGCACCCCUACGAGUCCUGGUUCAAGCCCUCGCACCCGGGGCUGGGCGCCGGCGAGGUGGGCUCGGCCGGCGCCUCCAGCUGGUGGGACGUGGGCGCCGGCUGGAUCGACGUGCAGAACCCCAGCGGGGCAGCGGCGCUGCAGGGCUCCCUGCACCCGGCCGCCGGGGGGCUCCAGACCUCGCUGCAUUCGCCGCUGGGCGGCUACAACUCGGAUUACUCGGGCCUGGGCCACUCGGCCUUCAGCAGCGGCGCCUCCUCGCACCUGCUCAGCCCCGCCGGGCAACACCUCAUGGACGGAUUUAAGCCCGUGCUGCCCGGCUCCUACCCGGACUCGGCCCCCUCGCCGCUGGCCGGCGCCGGGGGCUCCAUGCUGAGCGGGGGCCCCGCCGCGCCGCUGGGGGGCUCGCCCCGCUCCUCAGCUCGCCGCUACUCCGGCCGGGCCACCUGCGACUGCCCCAACUGCCAGGAGGCGGAGCGGCUGGGGCCGGCCGGGGCCAGCCUGCGGCGCAAGGGGCUGCACAGCUGCCACAUCCCGGGCUGCGGCAAGGUCUACGGCAAGACGUCGCACCUGAAGGCGCAUCUGCGCUGGCACACGGGCGAGCGGCCCUUCGUCUGCAACUGGCUCUUCUGCGGCAAGCGCUUCACCCGCUCGGACGAGCUACAGCGGCACCUGCGGACCCACACGGGCGAGAAGCGCUUCGCCUGCCCCGUCUGCAACAAGCGCUUCAUGCGCAGCGACCACCUCAGCAAGCACGUGAAGACCCACAGCGGCGGCGGAGGGGGUGGUGGCGGGGGCGGCUCCGGCAGCGGGGGCAAGAAGGGCAGCGACACCGACAGCGAGCACAGCGCGGCGGGCAGCCCGCCCUGCCACUCCCCGGAGCUGCUGCAGCCGCCGGAGCCCGGCCACAGGAACGGCCUGGAGUGA